AUGACCUCGUCUAUAUCACCACCUGCUGCUCCAGCACCAGCACCGGUCAUCAUUAAUGAAGACGAAAUCGAAGGUUUUAAUGAUAAUGUAGAUGAAAUUUUAACAGAAAAAGAAACGAUUCAACAAACGUUGGAGCAAAAAGAAUUGAAAUUCAACAAAUUCAACAAGCACUUGAACAAAAACAAACACAACUUACUUCAUAUUUUUCAAGUGUUUUUUACACGCUCCUACAUUUGUGAUAAUCAAAAACAGUACAUCAAUAUUUUUUGUAUAACACUCGUCAUUUCAGGUUUACUUGCAAAAUGUUUCUUUGGUCUUCAAGUCAACAACAAAUUGUUGUCCGAUAUUACCAUAAAGUUGUUUGAUGAUGUUGCACCACGAACAUGUUGGGGACAAGUUAUGGCGUAUACACGCAAUGGCAUUUGUAUUCGUCAUGAAAUAAAGGAAAAAACAAAUAAUUUAAUUCACAAUCGCGAAGACCUUAUAAGCAUGGAUGUCAAAACAAUGCGAUUUGGAAUCACUUUAGGUCCCAUGCCAAUUUUGGAUAAUAAUAAUAAUAAUAAUAAUAUUAUCUUCGGUGAAAUCGAAACGGGAAUGGAAAUUAUACAAUCAAUUAAUGCACGUGCUAAUGUUGUACACGAUGAUGAUUCUCAUACUGUUGCUCCAUUUGAUACUGUAAAUACUGACAAUGCUCAACCUGGUGCUAUGACUAUUGAUAAUAGCCAAAUUAGUGCCGACGAUGUUGGUGAUAAUCCAAUAGACAAUGUUGUUAUUUACACUUGUGGUCAACGAGAUUAG